UAUAGAGUGUAUGAGUAAUCUGAUGCAAGAACAACCACAAACUUUAAUCAGAUUUCUAUAAAUACACUUUGAAAAAUGCUAAGUUAUUUUAAACCAUCAAAUAUAAACAUUUUCCUGGGUUAAUGUAACCAAACAACUGGGUUUGUCCAUAUUUUACCCAUUGUUGGCUUGAAAAUAACCUUGCCGUUUUAGUGUGUAAAAAAUUGCUGUAAUUAUGCAGCUGGUUGCCAGUAACUUACUGUAGAAGAUAAAGGCUGAAAAUGUCUCAUGUUCAUUUAACUUUGAACAAACGGUUGCCAGUAUAUAACAUAAAUGUAAAAUCUACAGUAACUUACUGGCAGCUAGUUGCCAGUAAUACUAUAAUUUCUACAGAAAUUUUUACAGUAUAGUUCAACACUGUUCAUUGCAAAUUUUACUGAACUGAUGCAUUAUUUUUCCUCAUGACUCUAACAGAAAGAGAUGCCUAAAGAGGCUUAAUAAUGUUUAGAAAUCAGUGAAAUGUAGAUCUAAUGAAAUCCAUAUUUCUAAAGUAACCUUGAGGGCAUCCACCCUCGUCUAACCCUUAAGUGAUGCUGAGUUAGCGUAGCAUUGAUUGCGUGGGAGACUCAUAUUUCAUACAGUCGACUACUUCAUCCGGAAUCUACAAAACGCAUUUCCAGUCUGAGACUGCGGUUGUUUCAGCAUCUUGCGAAACAGGCAUGGAGACGGCAUGGGGACGCACAGCCAAAGCGCAUUUUAUCUGGACAUGUGUUGCGCUGCUCGUUGUUAUCGUUGCAUCGUGCUUGACUUAUGUCUUCAUGUCGAUGGUGCCGACAUGCCACCCAAUCAACAUCGUCCAUGCUUCUUCAAUCAAUCUGGCAACCACUACAGUGGGAAUUAUGUCGGGACAACAUUUCCUUUAUAAAGCUCUGAUAUGCAAUGAGACAGAUAAUCAUCUGGUCUGGAAUAACGAAUGGAAAAUAGACCAGGAGAACGAUACAUUAUUGGAUGACACCCAGAAGUGGCUAGUCAUAAAAGAGAAUGGCACUUACCUGUUCUACAUGCAGGCCAACUUCCAGCUAAAUGGAACUUCAAUUCUACUUAAAACGAACAAUCCCAAAGUGGACCUCAAACUUCUUGUGGUUUUCAAUUUUAGUGAAGGAACGGAGAUAUUUGCAGCGGCACAUGACACUCAGACAGUGAGUGCCGGGCUGCAAGAUGCGAAGCUCAACACUUUUCUCAAGAUGGACUUGAAGUCCAAAAGCAAAUUGUCGGUGAAAGCGUUUCCAUGUGACAUGGUGAACAAUAGCCCAAAACCCUUCUCAACCUAUAUCACGCUUAUAAAAUGGUCAGAUGACUGGUAGAUUGUGGAGCAUGGGUGGGAAUAUUACAUUUAGGGCCUCACGUCCAGUUUGACUAUUCUUGCAGUUUAUAUUCUUAAGUUGUAAAAUUUCAAUAUUCAUGAAGCAGUAUCGAGAUCAGCUGCUGCCCGUACUGUAUGACGCCUGAGAUCAUUCAGCUGUUGAACUAGGAAAUGCGCGUUGACAUUAACAACACUUGCGUAGGGGUUGUGAGACUUUCUUAGUGUUUUUUCCCUUUCAUUUCCUUUCGAAACAUGAAGAUCACAUCUCAUGAUCUUCUCAGAAGCAUGACACAUUUUCCUUUCAAGAGAUAUAUGAGAGUGAGUUUUGUUUUGUUUCAGUUUUUUAAUGAGUCAAUAUGAAAAAAUGACAUGAUAUACUGUUUAUGAUCACUGACUUUGAAGAGACAUGUGAUAGUCGCCUGCAAAAUGUUUAUCACAAAACAGCAGUAAGCUAAUUCUAAGCAAGUAGUUUUCAGGUAAAUGCAUCCUGGUAUGUAACCAUAUAUUAUUUAAUCAUCGACAGCCGAAUGUAAAAUCGUUAAAUCACAUAGUGCCAAUUAUAAAACCGAUUAUUGUGCCAUAAAUGGGCUACAGAACUACACUUUAUUUACAUGUUACUUUCUUAAAAAAAUGCUUAAAGGGUCCUUCACAGGGAUGCCAUAGAAGAACCAUUUCUUUACCUGUUUUAUAAGAACUCUCUUUCACUAUGAAGAUCCUUUUUUUGAUUUAGACUAUUAAAAUGAUUUUGAUUUAGACAAAAAUGGCAUCGUGAGGCACCUUCAUUUUUAAGAGUGUAAAUCAAGAAAUUCAGACGUACUUGGAAAUACAUCUGGAUGACAUCCAGAUUUUGUGUUUUCUAAGGAGUGGGGAAUUUUUGACAUAGUGAUGCAUAUAUUGGUUAGCACUAGUGACAUAGCACUAGUGAUUUACACUAACCCAACUAAUUCAAUUAGUUAAGCAAGCCAUAUGAAGCUGAACAACAUUGAUUGAGAAUAAGACACUGGAAUGUUUUUUUUUCAGCAGCUAUGUUUUUUAUGCCAUAUAAUUUUAUAUUUAAAUGUUCAAAGUUAGCUGGUCAUAUUUAUGUAAGAAUUUCAAUGUAACAAUUUAUAUAACAAAAAUACGAUAUAUUAACAUUUAUAUAAAAAUGCUGAAAUAAGUGAAUUCUGUUAAGUUGGAAAAUAUGUUUUGUAUUGCUUAGUUUUGUUUUCAAAGCCUUGAGUGAAUAUAGUAGGAAAUUGUAUACUUUGUAUAUAAUUGUUCAUCCUGAGUGUCAAAAAGACUACGUUAUUACUGUUCUCAAAUAUAUAUAUUUAUAUUCUAUUUUAUUUUUUAUUUAAACUAUUAAUAAUAAAUAAAAUUGGUCCCUCUGGCUGCCUUAAAUGUGUGUAAACAUCAUAAUUAAACUCAAGAAGAACAUUGUUUGCCUUAGAUAUUUAAAAAAUGGCUUUAGCUGAAAUGUACUUUUUUAUUUUCAUAAAUAAAUAAUGUUUAAUUUUACAAGCAAGACGCAUCCUGUUGUUA